AUGGUGCAAGUCAAAAUGUCCAAAUCGCCCGUAGACCCUCUGUCGGCUGUGGAGACCGGCUCGCAAUCGCAUUAUUUCCAGCUGCCCAGGAAGCUGCCCAAAAGGAAAAGCCGCUUCAAACGCUCCGAUGGCAGUACGUCCUCCGACACAACCUCCAGCUUCAUCAAAAGACAGGGCUCUGCUGAUUCGUACACCAGUCGCCCGUCAGACUCAGACCUGUCAGCCGAGGAGGACCGCGAGGCGUAUCGGCGCGAAGCCGAGCGCCAGGCCCAGCUGCAGCUCGACAGAGCAAAGUCCAAACCUGUAGCGUUUGCAGUGAAGACCAAUGUGAGCUACUGUGGAGCUCUGGAUGAGGACUGUCCCGUCCAGGGAGCUGCAGUCAAUUUUGAUGCCAAAGACUUUCUGCACAUUAAAGAGAAGUACAAUAAUGACUGGUGGAUCGGCCGUUUGGUGAAGGAGGGAGCAGACAUCACCUUUAUCCCCAGCCCUCUGCGACUCGAGGCGAUGAGACUCAAACAGGAGCAGAAACAGAGAAAGUCGGGAGGUAACUCUUCUAGUUUAGGGGACAUGGUAACAGGAAACUGGAGAACAACACCGCCAUCUGCAGGUGAAACUAAACUGAAGCAAAAACAGGAACAUGUCCCUCCGUACGAUGUGGUGCCCUCCAUGAGGCCGGUGGUUCUCGUGGGACCGUCUCUGAAGGGCUAUGAGGUGACAGACAUGAUGCAGAAAGCCCUAUUUGACUUCCUAAAACAUAGAUUUGAGGGCAGGAUCUCAAUCACACGAGUAACUGCCGACCUGUCUUUAGCCAAAAGAUCUGUCCUCAACAAAAGGCCCAUAAUGGAGAGGUCCAACACACGCUCCAGUUUAGCGGAAGUUCAGAGUGAGAUCGAGAGGAUAUUUGAACUGGCCAAAACAUUGCAGUUGGUGGUUUUGGACGCAGAUACAAUUAACCACCCUGAACAGCUCGCCAAAACCUCCUUAGCUCCCAUCAUUGUCUAUGUCAAAGUGUCCUCUCCAAAGGUUUUCCAGAGGCUGGUGAAAUCCAGAGGGAAGUCUCAGAGCAAACACCUGAAUGUGCAGAUGAUGGCUCUAGACAAACUCUCUCAGUGCCCCCCUGAUAAGUUUGAUGUCAUUCUGGACGAGAACCAGCUGGAGGAUGCAUGCGAGCACUUGGCUGAGUAUCUGGAGGUGUACUGGCGCGCCACACACCUCCCAGGCUCUACCCCCCUCAACCCACUGUUAGAGCAGAGCCUCAUGACCCCGCCCUCUGCCCUCUCCAGCCUCCAGAACCAGAGCCCCACCCCUCCACAGCCCUGUGAGGAGGUGGAGCUGGAGGAAGAGGAGGGAGAGGAGGAAGAGGGGGCAGAGGAGGCCCACUCACCUCUGGAGCAGGACAGUCUCAUGCCUUCGGAUGAGGCCAGCGACUCCCUGUCCCGCGGAGAGAGGGAGGAGCAGGAGGGGGAGUUUGGGUCGCCAUGCCACGGCCACACUUACAGGGACUACCCCCAUCACCGCGGCAACACUCCGGGGGGCGACCACAGCACCAAUAGGCACGAGUCCCAGGACAGGCUGCUCCAACGGGACGCCAACCCGAGAAACCCACGGCAACGCAGCCGCCCCUGGCCCCGAGAUAACUACUGA